AAUUCCUGUUUCUUCUCAGAACAAGAACAACCUCUGCAUAUACGAAUACAUACACCCACACAUAUACAUACAUACAUAUAUAUAUAACUCCUUCGACGUCUUUAAAAAAAUCCCAGUAUUGCAUUCAAGUCAGAGGAAGAAUUGAAGAUGCAAUACCAAUACAUGACUAAUUUCAGCGAUCUUGCGACGAUUAUUACAGAAGGAGAAGAAAGUUCGAUUAAUGAAGGAAGAAGAUCUUCGAUCAGCAAUCCAUUCAUGUCCCCCAAUUCUUGUCCCUAUCCUUCUUCAUUUCUUGCCUUUCCUCCUCCUCUCAGCCCUUCUGUUUUCCUCGAUUCUCCUUCCCUUCUCCCACCUUCCACUGUUGCUCCGUCGCAGACCACCGAGCUGUUCUCGUUUCAGUCCCACGCCUCUUCUGCAACGGAUUCAUUCAGACAGCAGAUGCAAGAAGGGAUGAAAUCUGAAUCAAACAUGAGGGAAAUGCAGUAUGUUCCGCCAUCAAAUUACAUUAGGUAUCAGAAGAAAUCCGACGAUGGCUACAACUGGAGGAAAUAUGGACAGAAACAGGUGAAGGGCAGUGAGAAUCCUCGUAGUUAUUACAAAUGCACUUAUCCAAGCUGUCCUACAAAGAAGAAAGUCGAGCGAAAUUUCGACGGAUACGUCACCGAAAUCGUCUACAAAGGCAGCCACAAUCAUCCCAAGCCGCAGUCGAAUCGGAGAUCGUCGACUUACGCCAACUUGGCCAUCUCAAUUUCGAAUCAAAAUCAAAUUCCAAAUCAAAAUCCAAUCGAAUCAAUGCUCGACAAUUCUCAAAUCGAACCCGCCGAGAUUUCGACAGCUUCGUUUGCGGACUAUGAUGUCGAUCAAGAACAGGGCUCUUCAAUUAGCAACGACAACGAAUUCGACCCCGAAGCCAAGAGAUGGAAAAGGACUUUAGAGAACGAUGGUCCGGAAGCUUCUGGAAGCCGAAUGGUUAGAGAGCCACGAAUUGUUGUCCAGACCACCAGCGACAUCGACAUACUUGACGAUGGCUACCGAUGGAGAAAAUAUGGACAGAAAGUCGUAAAGGGCAAUCCGAAUCCUCGGAGUUACUACAAAUGCACAUUCAACAGCUGCUCUGUAAGAAAACACGUCGAACGAGCGUGCCACGACUCAAGGGCCGUAAUCACAACUUACGAAGGAAAGCACAAUCACGACGUCCCUGCAGCGCGAGGAAGCAGCAGUUCUUACACCACCAUAAAUAGCCACUCCAUCGGAAUGUCUUAUCCUCAGACGGCGCAAUAUUCUUACACACUUUCCGGAAGCUUCCGAAACCCCACAGGUUCUUACAUCAACCAACAGAUUCGACACACACAGAAUUCUUCGCUGACCGUCGCCAAGGAUGAGCCCAAAGAUGCCUCAUUUUUCGACACAUUUCUCGCCUGA